AUGUGGUGGUGGUGUCAGUCCUCUCUAGUCCUGAUUGGACUGACUAUCACCAUCGCUUUUGCCCAAUCAGCCCCCCCUGAAGCUAUUUACGACUCACAGAGCCGUCACUGUCCCGCUCCCUGUAGCGACAAUAUUCGCCUUGAUUGGAACGUGUAUUCCUCCCUAGAGGCCAUGUCACUCUGCAACAAGCCCAUACUCUUCGAUUUUGCGAUUCAUUCUCCUCUGGAUACAUCUGAGUCUGCAGUCAAAUUCCGUGCAUGUACUGCAAUCGCUUUCAAUGACAGACAACAAGCUAGUCUAAUGCCUCACAUUCGCGAGCUCAAUGGGAAACAUGGACCAAAGGAUCUCCAUCUCACCAACGCUGUCAUGGCAUUGUGGUCUUCCGAAAACCCAGGGCAUAGGGGAAAUGUUGCGGCAACCUUCGGCAGCCUUCGCAAUAAUCUGCUCAGAAUCAUCGACCCAAACCAAGAAACCAUCAUUUUCGCCUAUCUGAAUAAUACAGUGAUUGGGCUUUACAUCGGCGCCAAGAUCGACCCAGCCAGUGCCAUUUCAUCUCUUGAUUCACAACUUUCAGGUGUCCAGCACGCACGUGUUUUUUCUAAAAGCAUUAUCCAAAUCUGUGGCAACGAGCGAAACUCAGAUCAUACGUUGGGCCUUGCAAUCAGCACCGAGAAUGACCUUGUCGCUGUUCAAGAUGAUGUCAGAUCUUGGAGCAGGGCAAAAUGCGUCUCGACCGACGAUUCGACUGGAAGAAUAUUCAUGGGCUUAAGUCUUCAGGAACAAUCAAUAAAGUCGGAGCAUUUCCGAAUCCGACACGCUGGUCCUCAUCUUCACUUCAGAAGCCCAGAUUUGCGACCAAAGCCCAAGGCAAGCGGAGAGUGCACCACUUAUUCUAUCAAGAACAGUGACACAUGUGCAGAUAUCGCUGCUUCUCACGGCCUCAAAACGACCGACAUUGACGUUUUCAACAAAAAGACUUGGGGCUGGAUUGGCUGCGAACCCCUUUUUGUCGGGCAACUUAUCUGCUUAAGCAAGGGCAAUCCUCCUCUUCCAGCACCCAUGUCUAAUGCAGUAUGCGGACCAACCAAGCCUGGGACCAAGGCUCCUCCAGCGGGAGUCGACUUCGUCACCCUUAACCCGUGCCCUCUGAAGGCUUGUUGCAAUAUUUGGGGAAGUUGCGGGACAACAAAAGAAUUCUGUACCAUUUCCAAGACCAAAACUGGGAACCCUGGCACAUCCCGGCGUGGGGAAAAUGGGUGCAUAUCCAACUGCGGUAUGGAUAUCGUGAAUAACAAAAAGGCGCCCGACAGUUUCAAGAAGGUAGCGUAUUACGAGUCGUGGAAUCUCGAUCGCUCGUGCAUGCGUAUGGAUGUCCGAACGAUUGGCGACAUAGAUGAAGGAUACACCCACUUACAUUUCGCAUUUGUUAACAUCACCAAGGAUCUCAAGGUGAGUGUCCAGGAUCCUCGCAGUCAAUUUGAACACUUUAAGAGCCUGAGCGGCAUCAAGCGUAUUGCUGCCUUUGGCGGCUGGUCGUUUUCUGUGGGGUUGGACACCUACACGACUCUACGUCAAGCAAUCAAGCCAGAGAAUCGCGAGUUCUUUGCAACUCAGGUGGUCGAUUUUCUCAAAAGCAACAAGCUGGAUGGCGUCGACUUUGAUUGGGAGUAUCCCGGCGCUACCGAUCUUCCCAUUCCCGCUGGAUCUCCAGAUGAUCCUGCCAACUAUCUCAAGUUCUUGCAGCUCAUGAAGAAGAAAUUACCAACCGCAAUGACGCUUUCUAUUGCCGCUCCUGCGUCGUACUGGUACCUCAGAGCAUUCCCCAUAGCAGAGAUCGCCAAGACCGUGGACUACAUUGUCUACAUGACCUACGACCUUCAUGGGCGGCUGCCUGAGAUCUCAUGGUAUGACUACAUCACAUUUCCCGUCUUUCUUGGUAUCUUCUCUGACAAGUCUUACCUAGUCAACAUGACGGAAACCUUGAAUGCACUGGCCAUGAUUACAAAAGCAGGUGUUGAGGCCAGGCAGAUCGUUGUUGGCGUCGCAUCUUACGGGCGCUCGUUCAAGAUGAUGGAUCCCAAGUGCAAGGGUGCAACGUGUCCCUUUGUUGGACCACAGCCUGCCGCUACCAAGGGAGAAUGCACGAAUUCAUCUGGCUAUAUCUCAAAUGCUGAGAUACUAGAUAUUGUGGACAAGAAAGAGGCUUACUCUGUUCAAACAUGGUACGACGAGAAAACCGACAGCGAUUAUCUCAUCUACAAUAAGACGCAAUGGGUCGCUUAUAUGAGCAAAUCUGUCAAGGACUCUAGGAUAAAGAAGUACCAGGCUCUUAAUUUCGGUGGUAUUUCCAACUGGGCGGUCGACUUGGAAGAUUGGUGGCUGGACACUUACGACAUAGACGGAACCGAAAAAGAGGACACGGAUGGUCUAGACGAACUUUUCGAUACUUGUGAUGAUACUUAUGAUGCUCUCGAAGAUAUCCCAGAGGACCUGGAUGAUCGCUGUGCUUCAUUUUACAUCCUAACAGUUCUUUCUUCUCAAUUAUCAAAUGCGCUUCAGGCCUACAAAGAGGUCUCAGAAGGGUAUGAUGAAAAGUUCCGAUGGUAUGCUGAAUGGGUUAAAGACGGCAUAAACGAUGAUCUCUUCGACUUCAUGGGCUUCAACGGAGAAGGCAACAACUACAUGGACUGCAAGUGGAACUUGAUGAAUAACGAGAUUGAAGGAGCCGGACCCUGCACAGAGUUGUCACAUUUACCUCUUGCUCCCAAUACGGGUGCCCGUUUUAUCGAAUAUUCGCUACGAGACGAGGACGGCUUUUAUAAGGCGAUCCUAGACACGCAUAACAUCGAGAAGGACUGGGUCACUUUUGAGACUUAUGCCGUCCCUGAUCCUUGCGGAUGUCAGGCCCCGCCACCCAUAUGUCCAUCUACCCACUGUGGCGACCACUACACCGUGUACAAAAACUUUCCACGUCGUAUCAAAGAUGCAUCCAAGAUCGAUGUGCCCAACCCGAAAAAGCUCGUGGAUGAGGCCAUUCCUAAAAUCGAAGAGCUUGCGGACCUGUUGGCCUGGACUAUCCCGAUGCUCCGCAUGGGCGGCCUCGACGCGAACAAUGAGGACCCAGCCAUUGCCUUUAGCAUGCCCGUGUUCAUGCUCGAAGACGCAGUUGAGUCUAUCAAGAAGAUUAAAGAAAUAGGAGAGAAGGAGAAGGAGUCAAAGAAGCGCGAUCUUAUACUGAAUAUUCUUAACAUUGUCUUCUCCGUCUUGGCGUUUGUUGGUGAUUUGGCCCCCGCCCUCGGCGCAGCAUCCUUCAUCGGACGUGGUUUGAAGAUCGUUGGAGAGAUUGGAGAGAUUGGUGAGCAUGCACUUUCGAUUGUCGACAUUAUAGACGAUCCUCUUUCCGCACCGUUUGCUAUCCUUGGAAUACUCCUCGGUUCCCCAGGCGUUAAGCGUAAGGGAGCGCGUGAGGGUUUCAAAUCUGCUGGCGAUGCGCGUCGCGCUCUUGACGAGAGCAAACUCAAGUUAUUUUCGAAAGAGUUUCGGAGGAAAGACGAUCUUGUGCAUCAGAUUAUGAAGCAAAGCAAAGCUUGCAAAUUGAGCUGGGGCAAGAGCAUGGGACUGGUUCGUGAGCCUGAGGAGGAUCAACCAAGUCUUCUCGAACAUUUCGAAUUUUGUUCUGUGGUACAGCGAGCUCUAGAGCUCAUAAUCGAAUUACUCACAGACUCAGAACGGCUAAGCAGCCGAUAUGGAGCCAAAUGGGCCGUAGUUGAGGAGGACGUCCAAUCGACUGCCAAGUCUAGGAGUGUGUCAAAGCUCAAAGCUGCUUUCAAGCGGCUCACAAUCACCGACAGCACCCUUGAACAGGCAAUGAAAAUGAAGCACAAGUCGUUCUGGGUUACCAAAGACCUUGUCGGACGCGAGCGGCAGCAGAUUUUAGUCAUCUCUCGAAUCAAUACCAUUAACGACAUUCGAACCCUCAAUAUGCUCACUGAGGUUUGCGAAACCGAUUACCCUGCCAUCUCAGAGGCUGCGUCGAUUCGCGCCGACACAAUAUCGAUGGUUACCACCCAAAAAGGGAAGAUUAUUGGCUGGAUCGAUGAUAUCGGUGAGAUUAUCUCGACAGACAACCAGAUGGGAGUCACGGAAGAAAUGGAGACACAGGAAGCCUCCGGAAUUGACCAAUCUCGAGGCCCGGAUCAACUCUCACGCAACUUGAGUGAAACCUUAGAGUAUGUGAAGACGGUCAAAGCUCGUUUCCAUGCGCGGCCUAUUUUAUAUGACCGCUUUAUCGACACAUUACACACUCACAAACGGAAUAUGCUUCCUAUUGAAGAGGUCUAUGACUCUAUGGCUAAUAUUUUGGCUUCUGACCCAGAUCUUAUGGAAGGCUUCAAACAAUUUCUGCCUAUUUAUUGGUCGAAAAACGAGGCCAAAGCUUCUCAAGAUCAAGCCAGUAGCAUCAAAGCACCAAUCAUUACUGAAGCUCUACACUUUUUGGAUUAUGUCAAAGAAACUACAGACAACAGACGCUACAACAAGUUCAUAGACAUAUCGAUGCGUUUUAAGCAUCAAUAUAUCGGCACUACGGAUGUGAUGACACGAGUCAUGCUUCUCUUUCAUGACCGCCACGAUUUAUUACAAAGGUUUAACUUUCUCUUGCCGCCUGGGUACAUUAUAUUUGGCGAGGAGGGCGCUCCUCAAGCGACAACCCCUCAAGGCCAUACUUGGGAUAUUGCUAGUCUCAUAGCUACAACAACCAACAAUGAAGCCAUUAUCCUCUCGGAGGAGACAGCAUCAGCGCGAACGAAUGCCCAAUUACGCGAAAAGUCCGGAAGGCGCUACAGGGUCAAGCGCCUCUCUAGGCAGCUUGACAUGAAUAGUCUUGUAGCGUUAAGCUACUAUGAGGAAUUGGUUCUCUUCCGCCGAGAUUUGCAACGUGAAGUGCUUGUUUUCCCUUCUACCUUAAGUCUGGCUCGUCAACAUGUCGUGCGCACGUUGUCACACCGCCUGGGGUUAUCAUAUAAUAAAUUCGUCGGGGAAACAAACCAAAUUGUCGUGGGUCGCUUGCCUCAGCAGCCUUCCAGCGGUCUUACGCCACUGCGAAGACCGUUCAUGGUGAAGAGUCUGAAGCAUAACAGCCGUACAGCGAUUGAUUCAGGGGAUGCAAAUGCCAGCUGGGAACUUGAAGAACAUAUCUUGAAUGAUGUUACAGCGUUGCAGACUUUCUUCCAAGGCGAAUUCUGA